AUGGAUCCUAAGUCAGAAGCAAAAUCAGACACUAAAGGAAACCCGAACUUACGUCCAUUUUUCAGCAACGUCGGUAUCGAGACGGUCGACCUAUACAAUGGUUCAAGUCGCACGCAUUAUCGAGUGCACAAGAAUGUUCUUUGUACUAAAAUACCUUACUCCAAUAAGAUGUUUAACGGCGGUUUCUCUGAGGCUUCAAGGAACUCCGCAGAGUUUCCUGAAGAUGCGGUUGGUUCUUUCGAUGUCUUACUUGAAUGGACGUAUUUUCAGUAUCACCCUCUUCGACCUUUGAAUCUUGAUUCGCCCGAGCCUACAGGUUCAAACUGGAACACUAUUAUCCGAUUAGUGGAUAUAAUAAGAGAGAAGACUGAUUUUACCGCCGAUUUCCUCACAGCCGUUCGAGAUCAAGUCCGCGGUGGCCCAAAGUUAGCCAAUCCAUCAGCGGGUGAUGGUGGUAUUUAUCAUAUUCAUGGAGAAAGAAUCGGCUGUAGUUGUUCAUUGAAUACGGAGAAUAUGCGGCUGAGAAUCGAAGAAUCUCCAGCCUUCUAG